UGUUUCUCGAUAUGAAUCCAAAUAAGCAAAGGGAAAAACACUAAACCAAUCACCACCGACUCGCCGUCGAAACGACGGGUCUCUAAGUGAACUCUGAGAGGAGGAAAAAACAUGGUAUUUCUCCGCCACCAACAACCGUCACGGAAGAGAUCUUCCUCUUCCUUUGUCCCUGCAUUUCCUCCGCCCAAAAUCCCCAAAUCUCAAAAUGACGAAGGCACUGCCGUUGAUGCUGUUGAUAAGAUGGUUUCAAUAUUGGCCGAGGGCGGUUGUACCUUGGUUAAUCCCUUGGGCCCACCCUCCCUGCCCUCCGAUCCCUACGAGCUCCGCCGCCACCUCUCCCGCAGUUUUUCUUCUACCGACGAUCGCUCCGUUUUUCUCUCUGGUUUCUCUUCUUACAUUCAAUCUCCCUCCAAUCUUCGCAGGGUUCUCAUUUCUUCAAAUGGAAGUAGUUUUGGUCCCGCUAAAAAUGAAAGCUUAGUUCGACAUCUUUUGCUGGUUGCACCAAUUCAAUUAGAUCUUCAAAUUAUGCUCCUUGAGAAACUUCCUGAAUAUUUUGACAUAGUUUCUGGAGAUUCUCAAACGUCAUUGUCCCUUGAAGACGAUGUUGCUAGGCUUAUCAUUAAUCAGUUUCGGUGGCUUGAUUUUGUUGUUGAUCCUAGUUCCUUCACGGAUAAGUUAUUGCAAGUGCUUUCCAUUUGCCCUUUACACUUGAAAAAAGAGAUAAUUGGAUCAUUGACUGAGAUCAUUGGUGAUCAAAAUAACAAGACUGUGGUUGAUUCCCUUGAACAAAUGCUUCAUGAGGACCCAUCUGUAAUUGUUCCUGUGCUCGACUCUUUUUCAAAUCUUAAUUUGGAUCAUCAGCUGCAAGAACAGGUCAUAACUAUAGCACUAUCAUGCAUUAGAACAAUUGAUGCGGAGUACAUGCCAUGUCUGCUUCGAUUUUUACUACUCUCUGCCACACAACUAAAUGUUCGCAGGAUAAUCUCACAGAUACGUGAGCAUUUAAAGUUUGUUAGGAUACCACAUAACCGCACAAUGCAAAAGAAUAAACUCAAAGGGAAAAUGCUUGUUGACAACACUGAGGCAUCCAUUCUAGAUGCUUUGAGAUCUAGCCUUGAAUUUAAGAGUGUACUCUGUCAAGAGAUUUUGAAGGAAUUAAAUGGCCUUGAAAAACCUCGAGAUCACAAAGUAAUUGACAUAUGGCUGCUUGUGCUAUUGUACACAAAAGGAAAGUCCAUGCGGAAAAACAUUGAAAAGGUGUUUAAGAAGAAAGUUACUGAAGGUUGUAUUCAAGAAGUUAUGCUUGAUCAAUGCAUUUGUGGGAACAAGGAACUGGCUCAGGAAUAUUUCCUGGCCUUCCUUUCUUUAGCUGAGUAUGUAUUGGCUUGCAAAGAACAAAAGGCCAGGGAUUUUGGCAUCUACAUGUAUACUCUUCUUUUUGAAGAGUUUUCUGAUACCUAUUCAAGACAGGAAGUUCUUGGUUCACUAGUUACUCAUGUGGGCUCUGCUGUUAGUUUUGAAGUUAGUUCUGCUCUGCAGAUUAUGGCUUCACUUGCCACAAAACAUGCAAGGGAACUCAUUCCACUUUCUUCUCAUAUAAAUGGAAUCCUGGACUAUUUGGAGGGAUUGACUGUAGAAAAUCUUUAUAAGGUUUAUGAGGUCUUCAGCCAUAUGACACUACUAGCUCGCUCUAACGCUGACUGUUUGGGCUCUUCCAUGGCAAAUGAACUUUUUAUAAUUGUUCGGAAGCAGGUCAGUCAUCCAGAUCUGAAGUACAAAAUGAUGGGUCUAAUUGGAAUAUUGAAAAUAGUUUCAUGUCUAGGAGGAGAAAGUAAUGCUACUUUAUCAUCGCCAUUUGAGAAAUCAAAUGCUGACGAGGCUGUGGAGCUCCUUGAAACAGGCUUAGAAUCUUGCAAACAGUCAUGCUUGUCAUCGAUCUUCUUUUAUGAUGAACUGACUGCAAUUUUAGAAAGUACAACCCUUCAUCCUGUUAUCAUGGAUUGGAUUGGCAAGCAUUUAGGAGAAUUUGAAUCUAUAUUUCUGUCUGAUCUUGAUGGUGGGAAGUUGCCUAGCAGGAUCUCUUAUUGCGGUUUAGAAGGGGAGCUGUGGAUGAAUUUGGACGGUGAAGUGUCUCCUGUUUGUCUGAAUAUUCUGCCAUUGGCUUCUUCUUCUCAGUAGAAUGCUUCUUUGCAAUUUCUUCCUGCUAAUUUUCAUUUACUAUCAGCUGUUGAACGGUUGACGAAUCAAGGAUCUCUUGGUGGAAUUGAUGCAUUACUUGGCUGUCCUAUUCUACUUCCCUCUUAUAAGUACUUCUCAGAAGCUGAAUGGCAGUCUCUGACAGGAAAGCAGAAACAUAUUAUUUGUCUCUCACUUUUUUAUUCAGUGAACUGGAUAAGGGAACUGCUCAAUGCCUUCUGCACACAAGUAGAUGGAAGAUUUCAAUUCACAAGUCAGUCCACAAAAGUGGACAAUAUACAGAAACUAUUAAAACGAAUGAGGAAUCUAGUAUUUCUUGAAAGCUUGUUAAAUCAUUCCAUCAAAAUGUGUCCUGUAGUACUACCUCAGCUCCAUCUUCAAAUGGAGCAUUGUGGAUCAACACUCAUAAACCAACCAACCUAUGUGGGGACUAAAGAAAAGAAGAAUGGGCCUAAGGUGACACUCGAAUGCACAUCUCCAAACAAGAGGAAGAAUAAAAAGAUUUCAAAGACCUCAACAACUGGUGCAGAAGGAAAACUUCGUCAGGUAACAUUGUUGGAUGUGUUGAAAAAAGCAGGAGCGGUGACAAGCCAAGAGGAUCCAGAUGAGGUUUCUUCAAAGGAUAUGGCAACAUCAGCAUCAAUGGAUCACCAUUUGCAUGCCUUUAAUGAGUCGGUGCUAAUAGAAGUUUCUCCAGUUUCCCAAGAUCUGGAAUCACAGAAAUUUAGGUUCAGGCCUCUUCUAUUGGAAUGCUUUUCCAUUUUUACUUUUUCAAAGGACCAUGACUCCUGUUGCUCUGACCCUGUGUCUGAGUUGCCCCUAUUCUUGUACCUUAUUCAUGAUCUUCACCACAAGCUGGAUUACUUUGCUGCUGCGGGCAAACAAUGCUCCUCAAGAAGCAUGACUACUGCUGCUGUUACCAGGAUGACUUUGAAUGAGUUUCUUAGCAAGAUUAGACCUCUCUUUCCAAGUCUUAAGAGAAAUUUAGAUAGUUCAUUCUGUAUUCUUAAAGAAGGUAAUGAAACUUGUCAAGAACACUGGAACUUUCAAUCCACUGCUGCUGGCAACCCAGAUUUAACCAGUGUUGUGCCAUCAAAAUCUUCAAUUUCUACUAUGCUAUUUAAGGAAAUACUUAGUAGUUUCAGUAAGAUGCUAAACCUUUCUGAAGUUCAAAGGAAUAAAUCAGUUCUUUCAGAUCUCCUUGAGGCCUUUCAGCCCAAUAAGGCAUUGGAUACUGGUUCUUUAGACAUCCAGCCUUGUCCUUCGUCCGGAACAAUAGAAUACUCAUGUUUUGGUGCUUGUUCAUUUGUAGAGAGUAUCCUUGAUGCAGCAUGUUCUUUUUCCUUUAUUCUGGCAUCAGAGGCUCUCUUCACUUUAGAGUCGGUUGUUACAUCAAUUCAGAAGGUCAUGGAUAAGUUGGAUGGAGAUGAUAAUAACAAAAAGUCAGGGUAUAGCCAGAUCCUUUAUUUACUGCAUGGAAGGCUUAGAUCUUCUGCUAUGAAGCUUUUAAAGCAUAAUUGGGACAGCAAAAAUCUUGAAAAUGGCUGGAAGAACAAAGGAGAAAUGGUGCAAAAGAUACUGCGGGCUUACUUGGAAUAUUCUGAAUCAACUUCUGAUUUGCUGGAUGAGCUUGCCUGCUCAAUUUUGCCGCAGGUUUCUUUUACGGCAAUGGCAGAUGAUGAGGAUUAUGGUUUCCCAACUCUAUGUUCUGCAACAUUCCUCUCAUGGUACCGUGUGCUGUUUGAAGUAAACCUCACAGUUCUCGACAAACUGGUUAAGGAAGUUGUUUGCUUAGAGAAGGUUCGAUCUGGUGUUCAACCAGAAAAUGUUCACUCACUUUUGAUCAGGAUGCAGAAGAAUGUUAAUGUGGUUGUUGCACUAGUUAGCAUGUGCAGAACCCAUGAUAAGGUCUCCAUGCAUGCCAUGGCAGUCAAGUAUUGUGGGAAAUUCAUUGAUUCCUUCCUUAAAGCGUUUGACUUCUUGCAGGUUCACUUCCAAACGCAUAAUGAAGUCAUACUUCUAUUGGUGAAAGAACUUCAAAAGGCAACACGAACGAUUCAGACCCUAUGUUCAGAAGCAAAGGGGUUGAAACAAACAGCCAUCACCGGCAAAAUACCUGCUACUAAAAGAUCUCUGGAACGCUUUUUGUUUCGUGUCAAGGCUCUUCUCCAUUCGACCUCUAACGGCUGCACUUUCUGGAUGGGUAAUCUAAAACACAAGGAUCUCAGGGGUCAUGUGGUCAGCUCGCAGGCAUAUGUAGAUGAUGAAAUUGACAACAGGGAUGAAGAUCCAGUGGGAGUUGGAGACUUGGAUCCACAAGGAACUGUUCCAUCUGAUAGUCAAAAUAGUGAAGCAGAAUGA